CCCGCACUCGGGUCAUGCCCAUCUGGAACAGCUGCACCGGGACCACCCAAACCACCACUACCGGUUGGACCACUUUCAGGCGGGAGCGGAGCACUUCCCGGGCAAUUGACCGCCUCCUUCAUCACCAUUGGAGUGAGCUGAUUAUAUGCAUGGAUUCUUUCAUUCAUGCCCAUUGUUUUUCUACGAUUGACUGGAUGCGGACGUCUCGCAAACUUGUAACUUUGAUCCCUCUGCCCCCUGUUCUCUCUCGCUCCCCUCACCCGCCGCUUCCCAACGACUACUUCCAAUAUCUUGCGAUAACGCCGUUGUGCUUUCUGAUCUUGUUCUGUCUUUGUAAAGUGCACAGCACACAUGUGCGAUUUUCUAUUCCUGUAAAUAGAGACCAACUUUUUUCAGCUUUUGCGGUAACUGUACCACUGGAUUGA